AUGACCGCUCAAGAAGCAACGGCACUUGCGAAUCAAAUAAAAAAUUACACUUUUCUCAUUUCUCUGGUAAUCUGGUACGACGUUCUGCUUCACAUCAGUGUAGUCAAUAAGACCCUCCAGACCAUUGACGUAAAUGUUUCUGAGGCCGUCGAAAUGCUUGAAAAAACGAAAGCAUAUUUUGAGACCUGCAGAACAGAAGAAAAGUUUGUGUCUUUCUUGACGGAUUCCAAAGAACUGGCUACAGAAUUAAAGCUAGAAGAUCUAACGUUACCACGGGUAAGAGUUUCCCAGCGACGAAACAUAGUAACUACACCUUUGGAUGAGAGAUUCAAUCAACUGAAAUCUCAUUGUGAUUAUUUUGAUUUUCUCUACGACAUCGGCAAGCUGAAGAAUGCACCUCCUGACAGCCUGGUCACAAAGUGUAGAAACUUCGCAGCGAUUUUGCAAGAUCGUGAGUCAAGCGACAUUGAUGCACUGGAGUUGAGGGAAGAACUAAAAGUGCUUUCAACAUUGUUGAAACCUGGAAUAGGUUCAAAAGAGACUCUGAUGGUUAUAGGAAGACAUAAUUUUUGCCCUAAUGUUAACAUUGCUCUGAGAAUUCUCCUAACACUCCCAGCGACAGUUGCGAGCUUGUUAAAAUUAGCUAGAUUUCUUCGAUCAGGUUUGACUCCAUUUUUGAGCUGGUGUCCAGGAACUGCUUUGAACAAAUCUGUAGAGAAUGUCACCAAUCAGUCGCAAUUUUUGUUUUUAUUUUCCAGAUCUACAAAGAUUUCGGGCACAGUGUGCCUAAUUCUCAAUGUUUUGAGUUAUGUUUACAUCUAUACCAUCAUGCUGAACGUAAUUGUCAAGAUGAUGGUUUAG